UUCAGCCGCGGAUUAUUAAGAAGAAAAUCAUGGAGAUGGAAAUGGUGGGCCGAGUGGCGGCGGCGCUCUUGGUUGUGCUGGCGCUCACAUACAUGGCAUGGUUUUGGCUGCUGAGCAGGAGACUUACUGGUCCCAAGGUGUGGCCUUUCGUCGGCAGCCUGCCUGGGCUAAUCUCUAAUCGCAGCAGGAUUCACGAUUGGAUCGCAGAAAACCUUCGAUCCACCGGCUCUGCGGCGACAUACCAAACCAGCGUACUUCCACUACCCUUCGUACGCCAGGGGCUUGUCACCGUCACCGCCAAUCCGCGCAACAUGGAGCAUGUUCUCCGCACCCGCUUCGAUAACUAUCCAAAAGGUCCGAUUUGGCAAUCGGCCUUCCACGAUCUGCUGGGGCUAGGCAUCUUUAACUCCGACGGUGAUACAUGGCUUCUCCAGCGGAAGACCGCCGCACUGGAGUUCACGACCCGCACGCUCCGCCAAGCCAUGGCCCGUUGGGCCAACAGGUCCAUCAAGACCCGCUUAUGGCGCAUUCUUGCCGACCACUCGAAUGCAUCAACGACAGUGGACCUGCAAGAUCUUCUCCUCCGCCUCACUUUCGACAACAUAUGUGGACUCACCUUCGGAAAGGACCCCGAAACGCUCUCCCCUGACCUUCCCGACAAUCCCUUCGCCCGAGCUUUUGACACGGCCACGGAGGCCACGCUCCAACGCCUCCUCUUCCCCGGCGUUUUCUGGCGUAUCAAGAAAGUUCUGGGUCUCGGCAGCGAGCGCAACCUCCGUCAAAGCCUGAAAGUGGUCGACCGAUACAUGACGGAGGCCAUUCAUGUUCGAACGGACAACCCAUCCGAUGACUUGCUUUCAAGGUUUAUGAAAAAGAAAGAUGGAAACGGCAAUGCGUUUCCUCUCUCCGUCCUGCAAUGGAUCGCCCUUAAUUUUGUUUUGGCCGGGAGAGACACGUCCUCUGUCGCGCUCAGCUGGUUCUUCUGGACGCUAAUGCAGAGACGGGAUAUCGAGAAGAAGGUGUUGGCGGAGAUAGCGUCGGUUCUGAGGGAAACCCGAGGACCAGAUGCAAGCAAGUGGGUGGAGGAUCCUCUGGAAUUCGAUGAGCUCGAACGACUCGUGUAUCUAAAGGCGGCACUGGCAGAGACUCUGCGGCUUUACCCAUCUGUUCCAGAGGAUUCAAAGUACGUUGUGGCCGACGACGUGCUCCCGGAUGGGACAGUGGUGAAGGCAGGCUCAACGAUUACGUACUCAAUCUACUCGACUGGUAGAAUGGAGGCAAUAUGGGGGAAAGAUUGCUUGGAAUUCAAGCCGGAACGUUGGCUGACGACGUCUGACGGCGGCCGCAGCUUACAGUUUGAGCCAAGUAUGGACAAGUACCGAUUCGUGGCUUUCAACGCCGGUCCGAGGACGUGUUUGGGAAAGGACUUGGCUUAUCUCCAGAUGAAGACGAUCGCGUCCGCCGUGCUGCUGCGCCACCGCCUUGAGCCAAUGGCCGGGCAUCGUGUGCAGCAGAAGAUGUCUCUAACACUCUUCAUGAAGAACGGACUGCUCGUGCAUGUGCUGCCAAGGAACCUCAAAGAAGACAUCAGCUAAUGAAGGCAGCUUCAAACGCUCUUAAAUAAGCUACGUACUAUGAUGAGUACUACUACGUACUAUUGUUCUACUUCGUUUGUGAUUUCUGUUUGAGUGUCGUUCAAUUAGCUCUUUAGGUUUUUUUCAUGUUUUU